AUGCCCAAAUCCAACGGCUGUCGCACCCUCCUCCUCCUCACCCCACCCCUCCUCUUCCUCUUCCCCACCGCAGCCCUAAUCUCCAUCCUCGAACGCAUCUCAAAAAACACCUUCUAUUCCAACCUCCAACGCAGCUUUCGCACAGGUGCCUUCCAACUCGUCCUACCACGACCGGGCGGCGGCCCGGACAUCGGACUGAGCCUCGACUUCAACCACGCACCCAUCCUCGCCAUACUCGGCAUCUGCGUAAUCGCGUAUGCGGUAACUGUGCUGAGCGCAGCGGGGAUAUGGCAGUUGAAGAAAGUCGAGGGCACGUCUCGACAUGAGCGGGUGUGGGUGUGGGUAGUGCUUAUUGCGAAUGUGAUUAUGAUAGGUGUGAGUUUGGGGGGGUUCGGAUAUGCAACUAGCGUGCAGGCGAGCGAUGGGACGUGGAGGGAUUACGAGGAUGCAGGGAGGCCGGAUCAGGAACUUACGCGGGAGACGUGGGCGUGUCAGAUUCACAGUUUAUUCCCUGGUGAGGGAUGGGCGGGCACGGCGUGUGGGACGAGUCAGGCUAUGCGGUAUUUGCUGUUGCCCAUGGCAGUGGCGGCCAUGGCGGUGGUGGGGAGUCUGUGGGUGCUGGUGAGGGGGAGGGGAGGGCUGAAGUGGUUGUUUGGAGGAAAGGGAAGGUAUGCUGGGUUUCGUGGGGCGUAUGAGUUGCAGCCUCAGGAACAGGGUACGGUGUAUUCGGGGCCGCCGCCGCCUGUGCAGUGGCAGGGACAGCAGGGCCAACAGUGGGCGCCGCAGACGUAUCAACCGUAUGGCCAGCAGUUGUAUGGUCAACAACCUGCUCAGCCAUUGGCACCGCAGCCCCAGGUCGUGGCCCAGGUGUCAAAGUCGGAUGCUAAUGUUGAGCAGCGCCCUGUCUACCAGUGA